CACCCCGCAGCAACCCUGCCGGGGGCGCCUCCCUAGCCCCCCCAGGGCCCCGUGCCUGUUGGGGACCCUCCACGUGACUCGGUGAUGCAGAACGGUUAUGACCUUCAGCGUGUGUCUGUGAACGCGAGGGUCUCAGCAACAGCGCGGGUUUGCACCCGGCCCUGCCCGUGGGUGCGGGGAAGUGUGGGUGUGUGGGCAUAUGUGGGCGUGUUGGGGAGGGUGCCCAGCGACAUGUGACAAAGACCCGUUUCUGGGAGACGGUGAAGGGACCCGCGAGCUGGCGCUUUGUCUGGCUAGCUGCAGAGUGAGGUUCGCGCCGCGGCGGCGGGCGCCCGAGCGGUGCAGGAUGCCGGGGCGCAAGGGGGGCCGGGGGCGCGCGCACCAGUGCCGGGGUGAGUGCGCUGCGGCAGCGCCUAGGGGCAGCGCGGCAGGCCCGCGCUGGCCUGGGCCUCGGGCGUGACUGGGCACCACCCGUGGGUGCUGCAGUGGCUGCGUGUCCCGGUGACCUCCGGAGCCGGCCCGCGGCCGGGUGGAUCCCCGUGCACCCCUCCCCGUCCUCCUUCCACGUGCGUGUCCACGGCGCGCGCGUCCGCUGGCGCGCACCCGCCUGCCUGUAGCCGCUACCGCCGCCGCGGACCGCGCCGGGAAAAGGUGCCGGGAACCGAGUAAGCCGGGGCUGUGGGCCCGAGCGCCAUGGGCCGUAGGGCGCGCGGCAGGCGGCCCAGGCCUCGCCCCGGAGGGAGAGCGGCCUGGAGACGGCCAGGGCCGGCUGGACCCGUGGGGGUGCCGGCCCGCGCCCCCUGAGCGACUGACACCAGGGCGCUCACCAUGGCCCCACCACUACUGCUGCUGCUGCUGGCCAGUGGAGCGGCUGCCUGUCCGCUACCCUGCGUCUGCCAGAACCUGUCCGAGUCCCUCAGUACCCUUUGUGCCCAUCGAGGCCUGCUGUUUGUGCCACCCAACGUGGACCGGCGCACAGUGGAGCUGCGGCUAGCUGACAACUUCAUCCAGGCCCUGGGACCACCUGACUUUCGCAACAUGACUGGGCUGGUGGACCUGACGCUGUCUCGGAAUGCCAUCACCCGCAUUGGAGCCCGCGCCUUUGGGGACCUGGAGAGCCUGCGAUCCCUACACCUGGACGGCAACAGGCUGGUGGAGUUGGGCAGCGGCAGCCUGCGGGGGCCUGUCAACCUGCAGCACCUCAUCCUCAGUGGCAACCAGCUGGGCCGCAUCGCGCCAGGGGCCUUCGAUGACUUCCUGGACAGCCUGGAGGACCUGGACCUGUCCUACAACAACCUCCGACAGGUGCCCUGGGCCGGCAUCGGUGCCAUGCCUGCCCUGCACACUCUCAACCUGGACCACAACCUCAUCGAUGCGCUGCCCCCGGGCGCCUUUGCGCAGCUUGGUCAGCUCUCCCGCCUCGACCUCACCUCCAACCGCCUGGCCACGCUGGCGCCCGACCCGCUCUUCUCCAGGGGGCGCGACGCGGAGGCCUCGCCCGCUCCUCUGGUGCUGAGCUUCAGCGGGAACCCGCUGCACUGCAACUGUGAGCUGCUGUGGCUGCGGCGGCUGGCCCGGCCGGAUGACCUGGAGACCUGUGCCUCCCCGCCGGGCCUGGCUGGGCGAUACUUCUGGGCAGUGCCUGAGGGCGAGUUCUCGUGUGAGCCGCCCCUCAUUGCCCGCCACACACAGCGCCUCUGGGUGCUGGAGGGACAGCGGGCCACGCUGCGGUGCCGGGCCCUUGGUGACCCUGCACCCACCAUGCACUGGGUUGGCCCCGACGACCGGCUGGUUGGCAACUCUUCCCGAGCCUGGGCCUUCCCCAACGGAACCCUGGAGAUUGGGGUGACAGGUGCUGGGGACGCAGGAGGCUACACUUGUAUCGCCACCAACCCUGCUGGUGAGGCCACUGCCCGAGUAGAGCUCCGGGUGCUGGCCUUGCCCCAUGGCGGGAACGCCAGUGCUGAGGGGGGCCGCCCAGGGCCCUCAGACAUUGCUGCCUCUGCUCGAACUGCUGCUGAGGGCGAGGGGACUCUGGAGUCUGAGCCAGCUGUGCAAGUGACAGAAGUGACUGCCACCUCAGGGCUGGUGAGCUGGGGCCCUGGGCGGCCAGCUGACCCCGUGUGGAUGUUCCAAAUCCAGUACAACAGCAGCGAAGACGAGACCCUCAUCUAUCGGAUCGUCCCAGCCUCCAGCCAGCACUUCCUGCUAAAGCACCUGGUGCCGGGUGCUGACUACGACCUCUGCCUGCUGGCCCUGUCACCUGCCACUGGACCCUCUGACCUCACGGCCACCAGGCUAUUGGGCUGUGCCCACUUCUCCACACUGCCAGCCACGCCCUUGUGCCAUGCCCUGCAGGCCCAUGUGCUGGGCGGGACCCUGACUGUGGCUGUGGGGGGUGUUCUGGUGGCUGCCUUACUGGUCUUCACUGUGGCCUUGCUGGUUCGGGGCCGGGGAGCUGGGAACGGCCGCCUCCCCCUCAAGCUCAGCCACGUCCAGUCCCAGACCAAUGGAGGUCCCAGCCCUACACCCAAGAGCCACCCACCGAGGAGCCCCCCACCCCGCCCCCAGCGCAGCUGCUCCCUGGACCUGGGAGAUACAGGCGGGUGCUACGGGUAUGCCAGGCGCCUGGGAGGGGCCUGGGCCCGGAGGAGCCACUCUGUACAUGGGGGGCUGCUUGGGGCUGGGUGCCGGGGUGCGGGAGGCAGUGCAGAGCGGCUGGAGGAGAGUGUGGUGUGACAGGAGGGCGGCUUGUGCCCUGAGGAAUGAGCAGCGAGGCCAGGGGCCCAGGGCAGUGGCCACCUGGCCCAGUGAGCAGCACUGCCAGGGGACUGUCCCUGGUUUUUAUCCUUGGUACCUCAGGCUUCCCAUGUACUUGGAGGGACAGGGAGCCCUUCCCUUGGUUCUGACCUCCAGACUGGGGUAAAGGGACAGGUCCCUCUGACAGGUGCUCAGAGCCACCAAGGCAGGGGUUGCAGCCACCAAGUGGGCGUCUUGUUUCUAUUUAUAAUAAAAUUGUUGGGGACACCUCA